UGCUAAUCGUGGUAGUCGUAGCGCGCCAUGCUGCUGGUGCUAGUCAACCACGAUUGGCUGGCUGUUGUUUCUAAUAUCAACAGCAGCUACGACUACCGGGCCUGUAAUGUCGCCAGGGCGCAGCACUGCUGCUAUCCUAAACAGCAACGGCAACUAACUCUCUCUCGCUCGGUAUUUCUCGACUACGUCUUUAGCGGUUUUCCUUCCGCCGCCGUCGCUUCUACCGCUCGCUCAUUUUGUCUCUUUCACACUCUGUUUCUGGCUGGUCUGCAUCUCUUGAACGGCGCUGCUGCGGCCGCCGCUUGGCUGGCUGGCUGGCUGGCUAGCUUACCAAAGGGUUUUACGUACAGCAAACACCACAGUAAAGGCACCAUCGCAGAAACAGCAGCAACAGCAGCGUUGGCAACCUUGAGCAAACGACGCUGACGAUGGUGGCUGCAGCGACAGCGGAGGCCGUAGCUAUUGCCGUUGGUAAGACCGCUACUGCGACGGGUAGCAAUGACAAGCAACGAUAGCGGCAGCUAGAACGGUACGCCGUCUCACAUACACAGGCGACCACGAGAGAACGAACGAUUACGGAAACGGAUAGGCACCCCCAGGCAGCAAAUCAGCCAGUUAAACAAGCAGGCCAUCAGCUAAUAUAAGCAAGCUAACAAACAUAUAGGCCUUCCGACCGACGGCGGACCAAAAGAACGGCUUGACGCCAACUGCGAGAAUUGUCGCCGCAGCCCCAGUCGCUCGCACUACAACCACUGCAGCGUACCGUAACAGCAACGCCGUAAAAUGGCGGUGUUGACGACGAGCAUCGCUGACGUUGUGACAGUGGACGUACGGCAAUAGUGGCGAGUCAACGGAGCUGACGGAAAGCGAAUUUGCGAGAUCGUAUAAAAGUGACGGCCACAGACGGCACACUAGAGCUGAAUAGGCCGAUCGACGGGGGAAAGCAGCCGCAACGGCAGCAAGGGCUGAAGGCAUCAACGACGGUGGAUUGUCGACAUGCAGUAACGACUUUGCCGCCACGAAAUCGAGAGUCACUCCUCUAUUUGGCAGCCGUGCAUGCGAGUGUGCAGGACGAACGCGACGACAGAAAAACAAGAGAGUCCAUUAUAGCAAUGAUGGCACAAAAUUAAAAAUAAAAAGGGAAAAAGCUAUGAUCGACGCCAAUCACCAACUCUCGGGAGAAAAAGUUCUCGUCGCAAAGCUCUUUCUGUUUGCCUAUAAUUGUAGGGCAUGAUCGCAUUAUAGACAUCGUCGAUUUGUCGCUUUUUCCUCUUUUCAACAAUGUAUUGGCGUUGUCGCUACGCGCGCACAUGUGUAAGCGCAGACGGGUUCUUCUUACAAGCAGCACCGGCACAUCCAGCCGUCACCAUCACCGUUAUCGUCAGUUGGUAAAGCGACUGCAACUAACUGCUAUUAUCAACGGCACUACUAACUGCACGACAAAAAAUUGGCAAGACCUUUGCCUGAGUCUGACCUGCUAUUGUUUUUCUGGUCAGUCGGUCACUGCGACUUCUGCUGCUAUUUCCACCAUGAUGGACCGUCGUAACAUUAACUAUUACCCGUGACAACAGUAUGAUCUUUGUCGUAGCAACACUAGCAAUAAUAUUUAUUAUGAUACCAAUUAUCUAUGUGUUAUAUAUUCAUAUAGUGCGCGUUUAUCUUCAAUUGUCGUCAGCAUAUAUAUCAUCAGUAUCAGCAUUGUCGUUAUCGUCGCCCCGGCUGCUGCGGUGUUUCAUAGUUGCGUAUCUGUUGUUAUUAUGAUUACUAGUAACACUGUACAGUGUAAAUAAAUGAAGCAGAUGUCGGCUGCUCUCGAACGGGCUUAUAAUUUGAUGACGGUGUUGAACGCGGUCCUUCUAUCUGCCCUAAUUUGCCUUUUAAACGCGAACGCAAUCACGACACAGACAGACGAACAGAUCCACGCGCACGUAUUUUACAAUUACCAUUUUCUUCUUAGCCUACGGGCCGCUGCUAUUCAGUUGCCUAAGAGCUAUAUAUAUAAAGCAUUGAGUAGCACUUGUAGUGCCACAAUCAUGUGCAUCAUCAUCUAUAAUCCAUCAAUAAUAGUUGUGUGAUGUCGUCAUCGAACAGGGCGUGAAUUAUGCAGAAGCGGCACUGCCGUAUUUGCCCUCCCGCUUUCUUCUCUCUACUAACAGUCUUCGUAGCACUAUUGGAAUACAGCGUUGUCUCGGUGCCCUCGCGCUGUUGCCAUUGCUGAAGCAACUAGUCGUCGUCUUAGUCUUCGCGUGCCGCGUUCAACAGGGGCUUGCCGCCAUGUGCCUGCAUCUGUACGUGGUGGCCUUUAGACGACCAAUCGUUCCGACUGAAUUGUCGUACAAAACAAGAAUUCAACAACACCAAACAGUCGCACCUACUGAAUACAAUGGCCACUUGUUUAUACGGGACACACAUUAUAUAUCACUUUUUUUAUUGUACGACAAGAGUGGUUAUACAUCAAAGCAACAGUAGCUUGUGCUCCUGUGGCGCUCGAGAAGAACUAGGCAGCAACCGAGUCACCGCUAUAAAAACGAUGAAUAGAAACCACGUGCAUGCGUAUGUAGUGUCGUUAGAGCUGCACGGUUAGAAAUGCUGACGACGUUGCUGAAGGGAAAGAAGGCCUACCUGAAUGAAUGAACGGGUUGACCGAAUCUCAAAUGGCUGGUACGGCAGCCCUGGUGCGGAACACAUUGUCAAAUUAUAAUGUAGACCGUGAUACUAAUGGCCCUUUUUGACGGAUAUUGCUUAUUUCUGUUCGAUGUGAAUCGUAUCCACGUUCAGGUAGGCCGCAACGGUUAACGAACGCAACAGUUACAUGUAUAUGAAACGAUGUACGAAAUACGGCUUGACUUUAGAACUAGACGUAUAUGCACUAUUGAUUAAUUGGAACCUUGUCUGUCGUAUUUCAGCAUUUAUAGCAUCUUGUAAUCGUCUAAAACGAACCUAUUUGGAAUUCCGUCGAGCGGAACUUGAUAACAUUCAAUUUAGAAGUGGUUUUUAAAGGAAUUCUGUUAAAACAGGUCAAAAGCUUACGAGCUACAGAUGUACCGUCGAUCGACGUGGCACUCUUACAAUUAAGCCAUAGCUGACUUCCUCAGCCUAGGUGCUAGUUUAUGUGAUAGGACCACUGUUAUGAACAGGCGACUAGUGAUAUAUUAAAGUAAAUCGCAACCGGCACAGACGAUUUGACUUUGCCUUACUGAGUUAAUACAUAUUUUAUUUGUUAUACAGACACCCUGCGUUCAUUACCGAUGCAGAUCUCAGCUGGCAUAAUACGUUAGGCGACAACUCGGCCUUACAUAGGGGCUCUGGUAAUUAUGAGCCAGCCAAUUGCUGCGUGUUCGAUGGCAAGCUAACAAGCUUUUACUAUUUCAAAUUCGUUUGUCUGUGUCGUUGUGCGUACGCCUAUCCGCCUCAUUCUCGAUUGUAUCAAACCCGUAUAAUCAGGUAUUGUCUAGUGCGGUCCCAAGAAAGGGAGAAAUCGACCGGUUCUAGCCUUUGUCCGUUCUGAAAAAGAGCAACGGGGAACAGUAGGACGCAAGGUAGAUAGUUCGGCAAAGUGAGUGAGUAAAUCUCGCUGGGGGAUCAUCUAAUAAGGGACCAGUAUCUGCUACGUCUGUUUGUUUUUUUGGCACGUCUGUAGAUAAUUGGUUCUACGUACUUGAAAUCUGGGUCUAGCGAGAAAUCAGGGAGACAGUUCUAUACUUGCCCACUAAUUCACAUAAAAUCGCAGUAUUAUUCAAGUUCAUAGUCGAUUCCUGGUGUCUGCCUCAACCCGCCAUUGCAGUGCUGUUAUAUUCUAUCGUACAAGAGAAGCUGCGCGUUAAAUCGUGCAUAUGUAUAUAUACGGUCAACCUUGAACGGUAGCCCCCAAAAAUAUUAUUAUUUUUCCUCGUUACGUAGGUGAGGCUCCUAUCCUGCGUAACGAAGGGGGUGUCACCAUUAUAACGACUGAUGUUACUGAUAUACGAUUGCCAAUCAUGGUAUCGCCUGCAUGGUCAAUAUCUUGGUUUUUGUCAUAUUUCACUUGUUUUUUUUUGGCGCGUUGUUGCGAGUUGUUCUAAAAAAAACCUUCUCCCUUCCUCUCAUUGGCGCGUCUGAGUAACAGCACCGUUUUCGAUAGGACGAUUCUGACGAGAUUACUAGUAUCACUAGCAGUAUCACUAGAAGCGAGCAGCCUGAUCAACGGAACUCUAUCCUCGUUUGCCGAGUGGACACUUGGUGGCAUUCUGAUCUCCUUUCUGUUUCGGAUAACGGCGUGCUACAUUAUUGCUAUUGUAUACACUCUGCCGUUCCUGGUCGUUGUUCGUCGUUACUUCGACUGCUCAUUAUUGUUGCGGCUGUCGCUGCCUGGCUCACUAUUGUUUCAGACGGGCAACAGUCGUGCGUGGUUCGGUGGCUGACUGGCUCAUGCGACGUUGCUAGUCUAGGGCGCGAGCAGCGAUGGCAUUUCUACGCGUUUGCGAUAAUAGGCCACUAGCGGUAGCGGCAAAGAAGUUGCCGCAGCAGUAAAAGUCGUCUGAAGUAGAGACAGGCAUCGUAGAAGUGUCUAACACACAACCGCAGCAUCAGCGGUAGGUGAAACUGAGAGAGGUUGAAAGAAGAAGUGAGUGGGACUAAACGGCGACAAUGACCACGCUGCUGAGACAGACGGACAAAUCGACGGAUGGGCAGCCGGUGAGUGAGUGGACAACUCGAAACGUACUGGAGUGGAUGGCCUCAGUGAACAUGAUCUCGUACAGCGGACCUUUUGAGUCCACAGCCAUCCAAGGCAGCGAUCUGCCAGGGCUGGACCGACACAAGCUGGCCGGAAUGGGCAUCAAGGAGGACUACCCUCAGCAAGCCAUCCUCGUCUGUAUCUCCGAACUCUGUCGGACUCGCGGCAUCAAUCUAUCGCCCGCGGAGGAGUCGGCGUGCCUUGACAUGGCUCGCCUUCGAGAGGACAGCAAAAAUAGCCUCAACAACAACAACAACAACAACAACAACAACAACAGCCACAACAACAACAACAACAACAACAACAACAACAACAACAAGGAACACAAUGGUGUUGUCAACACCGUCAACAACCACGGUAAUGGCAACCAUCGCAAUAACAACGGCAGUACGAGUUCGUCGGCAAUGAGUUCCCGGGUCUCGACCCAGGCACCACUGGUCGAAGAAUGUCAACAUCUUCAGGCCUCGAAAACCACUCCCGCCAGCCCCGCGUUACACCAACUGCAGCCCGUCGCGUUCAUCCUAGCCGAAAACUGUGACCACUGCCAGAAGUCGCUAUCGGGUAAACAAGGUCUGUUGUGCCGCUCGUGCGGGACGGUGACUCACGCUGUGUGCUCCACGUCAGCCCUAACGGGCUCCUGUGAGCCUGGUCGCAUCACUGGUGAGGCACUUCAGCGGCGUAUCGCCGCAACUAUUCAGCCUUCAGGAGCGGUUCUCGAGUUGGCGGAACAGUUCAGCGCGACGGAACAGGCAGCACCCAGUUUUGUGCUCAGUUGUAUAGAAGGUAUCGAAUUGUUGGCACACCGCAACGCCUCGCUAGACCUCUACGCCAUCUUUGGGACUCGUACCGAACCGCCUCAGGGCGAUGUCGAUCGGCUUGUCGCGACACUGCGAGAGGGUGGCCUGAAAGAGUGCGCGCUGAAUGGCUUUGGUAUUGAAAGCUUCGUGGCCGCUCUGAAAAAGUAUCUUUAUGAACUGAGCUCACCGCUCAUACCUGUGAAUUUCUACGAUCGCUUCCUCGACGCUGCCCGGGAACGAAACGAUGAGGCCUGCGCGUUGAAGCUGCGCCAACUCGUUCACCAGUUGCCCAUCACACACGAAUCAACUCUACGAGCUUUACUUGCCCACCUAUGUAGGGUGUGCAAGCUGCAGUUUUCGAGAGGGCUAACCCAUCCGCCAUUUGACGUUGUCAACGCGUUUUGUUACAUACUUCUCCGGCCGCGUUGGGACAAGAUUUCGUCAAUUGUAAAGAAUACGCCCCUUCACGUGCGUAUUUGCAGUUUGCUCUUGUCUCGCGGUGAGUGGGGGGAACAACUCCCGAAUUUCACGGUUCCAUCACUGCCUCCGGCGUUGCCCCCACGCAAGAUGACUCUUCAAAUACCCCACACAACGUGCGACCCACAUCAUACCUCCCUGGCCAACGCCGAGUGGUACUGGGGUAAUAUCACUCGAGAGGAGGUUAAUGAAAAGCUAAGAGAUAAACCCGACGGCACGUAUCUCGUUCGUGACGCAACGUCGAAAAGCACCGGAGACCUUACGUUGACCCUGCGACAGAGUGGAUGUAACAAGUUGAUUAAGAUCUUGCACCGUGAGGGCUUGUAUGGCUUUACCGAGCCACUAUCCUUCACCUCGGUUAUCGAUCUGAUCGAACACUUCAAGCAGAACUCUUUGUCCCAGUAUAAUGCGGCUCUGGACGUCAAACUCGAGCAUCCCGUGUCUCGAUUUGUGGAGGAGGACGAUGACACGCCUCGCGUUGAUCUAGCUACACUUCGCCAGAUGAUGGUGGACAACAAUCGUGACUACCUAUUGAAGUCACGUACGCUCGACCGCUUCCAUGAUUCGUUCAACCAACUGCGCCAGGAAGUGGACCUUAAACAGCAUGCGCUUAAGUCAUUUGAUGAGGCUAUCAAAAUGUACGAGAAUCAGAUUACCCUGGGGAGGAACCAAAUUAGUAGAUUUCCUGAGCACAAGAAAGCUUUCCAGGAGAAUCAGGAGGUGCUGCUUGAUCGUCAAGAUCAAAUGCGCCGCGAGAAGAAGGCGCUUGAAGAGGACAUCAGGGCUCGUCUGGAGUACCAACGACAGAUCGAGUCCGAUAUGAGCAGUCUCCGUCUUGAAAUAGCCCAGAUUCAUAAAGAGCGCGAACUGUGUCAGAUGAAACUGUAUAGGAAUGGAAUUAGCAAGGAUGAGAUCAACAAAUUGCUUCAGGAGUCAUCGCAACUGGAGGGCUACCUGCAAGGCGGAUCAACCAUGUACUGGACUAAUCAACAACAAUGCGGGUCUGUAAUAUCCCGUUUUUCAGGCAACUAUUACACAAUGACGAGUCCAACUGCAGACUUGCCUCACAACGAUGAAAACACCUGGUUUAUGGGCGACUGUACCCGACCAAAGGCGGAGCAGCUGCUUGAUAAAAAACCGCACGGGACGUUCCUCAUCCGGAAAUCUCAAACCGGUCAAUACGCGUUAUCGCUCGUAGUUGGAGAGAAGAUUGAGCAUUGUCUCAUAUUCAAGACUGAUCGAGGGUUCGGGUUCGCGGAACCGCAAGCUAUAUUUCCGACGUUGAAAUUUCUCGUUUUGCACUAUGCACGGAUGUCUCUAGAAGAGCACAAUCCCGCGCUUCGAGAUACCACACUAGCAACACCUGUCUUGGCCAGUAAAGAAAACGCGCAACAGGGACAACAUCUUCUGCAGCAGCAGCCGCCGCCGGCUCAGUCGGCACCGCUGCAGCCUCAACAACAACAACAGCAGCAAGAGCAGAAACCGUCGGCGCAACAGCCCGAACAGCAAAAAAGCUAAUAGAAGAGCGUCAAGCGACAGUGAAUUCAACAAUAACAACAACAACAGCAGCAGCAGCCAAAUUCAUAAAAAUGAUUUGAUGACGACUAUGUCUAAUAGCAACAACACACGGUAUGACAAUAUGUCAUAAUUAUACAUUAAGAAAAAGA